AUGUUAAAGAAUGGUAUUCCUUCCAGUACUGCAGUAAGUGGAACGUACAACAACUUUUCGAGAAUUGGUUGGGCUUUAGCUGUAUCUUGGGUCAUUGUCGCAAAUCAUCUUGGAUGGGGAGGUAUCAUUGCCGACUUCAUGGAUCACCCAAUGUGGCAACCAUUGGGCAGGCUUUCCUAUUGUGGAUAUAUAAUACACUUUUUUAUGAUUCGCUACUUCUACAAUCUGGAUGACCGACCAGCACAUUUCGUUUCCAUCUGGCGCACGUACGUAUUUGCGGCCAUACCUGUCGUCGUUGCUUCCUAUGUUUGCGCCUUCUUUUGGAGCUGCCUCUUUGAGGUGCCCAUUGUGAAGCUGGAGAAAAUGCUGACCGCGAAUCUGAUGUCAAAUAUGAGAAGACCUGCUGAGAGCAAGAAAGCCGAAGGAGGAGACAAAAAAGAAUGA